UUGUAACCUCGCCUGUCCGAAGCUUGGUUACCUGGCCAGAUUUGAGUUUUAGCGGUUGUCAAGUCAAAUCAGGUUAGCAAUUUGCGGGAUAACUCCCCCAGAAUUCGUGUUUGCGGCGGAUAAAUCGAAAAAUGAAGAUCGAAGAAGUGAAAAGUACCACUAAGACACAGAGAAUAGCCGCUCAUAGUCACGUUAAGGGACUCGGCUUGGAUGAAAAUGGCGAAGCUCUGGCUAUGGGAUCUGGCCUCGUGGGUCAAGAAACUGCUCGUGAGGCAGCAGGAGUUGUGGUUGAACUGAUCAAGUCUAAAAAGAUGGCUGGAAGAGCAAUCCUUUUAGCAGGCCCUCCAGGAACUGGCAAGACUGCUCUGGCUCUUGCUAUUGCUCAGGAUCUUGGUCCAAAGGUUCCUUUCUGCCCAAUGGUUGGAAGCGAGGUCUACUCAUCAGAAAUCAAGAAAACAGAAGUUCUAAUGGAGAAUUUCAGAAGGGCCAUUGGUCUGAGGAUUAAGGAAACAAAGGAAGUCUAUGAAGGAGAGGUAUNAUUAACUGCGAUGCAAUGUCUAAUUUGUAUUUCAGGGUAUGGUAAAACUGUUAGCCAUGUGGUUAUCGGUUUGAAAACUGCAAAAGGAACCAAGCAACUGAAGCUGGAUCCUUCAAUAUAUGAAAGCCUUCAGAAGGAAAAAGUGGAAGUUGGUGAUGUGAUUUACAUUGAGGCAAACAGUGGUGCAGUCAAGCGUCAAGGCCGAUCAGACACUUUUGCCACAGAAUUUGAUCUUGAGGCUGAGGAAUAUGUGCCAUUACCCAAAGGUGAUGUGCACAAGAAGAAAGAAAUAGUCCAGGAUGUGACGCUGCACGAUCUGGACGUGGCAAAUGCAAGACCACAGGGAGGGCAGGACAUUCUAUCCAUGAUGGGACAACUAAUGAAGCCAAAAAAGACAGAAAUUACAGACAAACUAAGAAAAGAGAUAAACAAGGUGGUUAAUAAAUACAUAGAUCAAGGGGUGGCAGAACUUGUCCCAGGAGUGUUGUUCGUUGACGAGGUCCAUAUGUUGGAUAUCGAGUGCUUUACAUAUUUACAUCGUGCGCUAGAGUCCACCAUCUCCCCUAUUGUGAUAUUUGCGACGAAUCGAGGAAACUGUACCAUAAGAGGCACCGAACUUAAUGCUCCUCAUGGGAUCCCCCUGGAUCUGUUAGACCGACUUAUGAUCAUCCGCACACUACCCUACUCGCAAGAUGAAAUGGUGCAAAUUGUGCGCAUCCGGGCUCAGACAGAGAACAUCCAAACAGACGACGAAUCCCUGAGCCUGUUAGGAGAAAUUGGAACAAAAACUACCUUAAGGUAUGCAGUUCAGUUAUUGACCCCCUCAAAUCUUCUCGCCCGGAUCAACGGCCGUGAGAACAUCAACAGACAAGAUGUGGAGGAAAUAAACGAGUUGUUUUACGACGCCAAGUCUUCAGCGAAGCUUUUGGCUGAACACGAGGACAAGUACAUGAAGUGAUGUCCUUUUACAGUUAGCGCGUAUAACGUAAUUAUUCCUUCGUUAUGUCCUUAUUUUUAGAUAGGUGUUCAAUCAUUUGCGACUUCAAGUGUGCUAAUAUUUAAACUGUUGCAGUAUCUGUUUGUAUUUCAUAGAGCCAAAGGUAUCGGUUGGUUUCAAAGCCGCAUUUUUGAAUAUUUGUACGACGUCUUUUUUUCUAAAGCAAGUUUAUGAGUGGUUGUGCAAAUGUAUGUACCUGUGAAAGGAGCACCUUGAAAAAAAAUUGAUCAUUUAAUGAAA